UGUGAAAAAGAGCUGAGCAGAGCUAGGGACUGCAUGGUGGCUCCAGGAACGGCUUCCUUAAUUCAAAGAUAACAAUGGUUGGGAAGGCCAGAUCUUCUAAUUUUACCUUAUCUGAAAAGCUCGAUUUGCUAAAACUCGUGAAGCCAUAUGUUAAAAUUCUCGAGGAACAUACCAAUAAGCAUUCUGUAAUAGUGGAAAAAAACAAAUGCUGGGAUAUUAUAGCUGAUAACUACAAUGCCAUCGGAGUAGAUCGCCCUCCUCGUACUGCACAGGGCCUGCGCACGCUGUACAAGAGGCUCAAAGAAUAUGCCAAACAGGAGCUAUUGCAGCAAAAGGAGACUCACUCAGAUUGUAAAAGCAGCAUUUCCGAGCCAACCAAGAAAGUUGUGGAGAUGAUUCCACAGAUUUCCAAUGUGUGUUUAAGAGACAGGAGCGGUGUUCAAAGUGCUAGUAUCGAUAAAGAAACAAUUCCUGGUACCAGUUCACCACAGGCAAUGUUGGAUCACCAUCCUGCAACAGUCAUGAUGGACUUGCAGUCGGAAGAGGAUGUCAAACCUCCUCCUUCUCUGAUUAUAGACUCACAGCAAAAUGAGAAAUUAGAUCAAGAGGAAGACCACCAGCUGGUGCAUAUUAUGGAAAGGUCUCCUUCAACAUCAGUGUCUUCAGUUGACAUGAGAGUGAUGAUGUCUCCUUCCCCUGUACCAAGAAGAGAUGAGUUUUUUAGGCUUGAGGUUGGAGAACGCUUUAGACCAAUGUGUGGUUAUGACCCACAGAUGUUACAAAUGCUGAAAGAGGAGCAUCAAAUAAUAUUAGAAAACCAAAGAAAAAUUGGUCUUUAUGUCCAAGAAAAAAGGGAUGGUUUGAAAAGAAAGCAGCAACUGGAAGAAGAACUGUUGCGAACAAAAAUCAAAGUAGAGAAACUGAAGGCAAUACGACUACGCCGUGAUCUGCCAGAAUACAGCAGUAUCUAAAUAUUUUAUUACUUCUGUCAUAUUCUUUGAAAUACUUAAUAAUAAAUGAAAAAUUGCUUCUUAUGUUAAUAUGGAUGAUCAAAAUCGUGUCUUGAGACAUGAAAGCAUAUGUUAAGUACCUUAGAAAAAUACCUCAUGUGGGUUUGAAUGCACCAACUCUUCUGGCCUAAAGUAUAAUCAAAUCCACAUGUAAGUGUUUAGAUUGAUAAAAAUCCAAACUUUAAAAAUAUUUCCACUUAUCUCUAGAGUUGUGAUGAGCUAAUGGAAAUUUAAGUCAGCUCUUGUUAAAAAUUCUGGUCAUAUGCAUUAUUUUUUCAAAUAAUCACCUUUAGUAUCUUAAUAAAGUUGCAGGUAAAUAAAUGCAUAUAAGAAGGAGAAACAAGAGUCUGUGUUUAAAUGUUUUAUUCUUUUCAAGUUGGUAAAUCUUAUUACAGUAGUGACAUUUUGCUGAUAUAUCAGCUUGGAAAACAAAAUUACUGGAUUGUUAUAUUUUUUUAAUGUUCAGUAGACAGUUGAAUAAAUGUACAUCUUUUUGUUAACACUUUUUAAUUGUUUCCAGUGGAGAAAUGUUUCCAUAGGAUGUUAUCAAAAUAGAGACAAUGAAUGCAACACUUGGUUUUAAAAACUGCAUGCAUAUGUAAUUUGUGUGUAUAGUUACCAUGAUUGUGUAUUCAGUUAUAGUGAUUAUACUGGUGAUCAACCACAUAAAUAUCUACUUUGCUCAUUUGCAUGCAUAAUUACUGCAGUGCAUGUACAACCAAGACAGUUGCAGGUGCCUUUGAUCAAUAUCACUAUGACUAUAAGCUACUGAAAUAAAAUAGUUUCUGUAUGUAAGUAACAUGUGACUUGAAAUCAACAGAAGACUGUGUUAUUCUGGGUCUCUUUUAUAGAUGCUGUUGUUCCGAUAUUUCAAUUAGUUUCAAAUAAAAAACCCCAAAUGAAAACAAAAUUGAUUCUUCUUUCUGUCCUGGUAGCAGCUGUUUCCUCUCUAGUUAUGAUCAAUGUGUGUUACUAGAAAAAAAAUAUGUGGAAAAGAUCAGUCUUAGAUGAUUAAUUUCCUCAUAAUUCUUAGUCUCCUGCCUGUUGUGAAUGGAUCCACAACUGCCUUAGACCUCGGGCUCCUUAUUCCCUGUAACAAAGCUUUCCCCUUCCUCUAACCUUUACAGCAAGAAAAGGAAAUGAAGGACAGUAUCAAGGAAAAAGAGAGAACAAAGGAAAUGUAAUUCCUCUGGUGCCUCCUGUCUCAGAGGGCCCUAAGAACAAAAUGAACAAAAGCAAUAGGAAGGAGACUAUUUCUUCCUCACUCCUGUCACCACCGUUUCGCAGUUUUGCUUCUUUCUCUACUCUGCAUGCAGUGGGGCACUGGUCUGCAUCAGCAGACUCUCAAUGAGGUAAGCCUCACACGUCCUUGUUGGUCUUCUGAGUAAAUCAGGUACCACAGGGGUAGGUACUUAAUGAAAACUGAAGACUGGAAGCAUGUAAGUGUAGUUGAGGAGACACUGAAGCUUAAAGAAUUGUAGUAAAUUUUAUGAUACAAUAAUCUUGACUGUCACUGCCCAGGUUAACUUUAACAGGUAGGAAAAGUAGAAGAAAUAAGUAUUUUGUUUACAAACUGAGGAAAAAUAGAACUGUGAAAACAGGUGUUGGCAAUGUGGAGUUCCUCAAUACUUUUUCAGUUGUUUUCUCGAGAAGAGAGUAUUGUAAGUGUUUUGUGAGUUUUUGUGUGUACUGAAAAUGAUGGUGCCUGGGUAAGUGGCCUUUGUUCCAGUACAAUCCUUGGCUUUCUGCUGUGUUUCUUAGUUCAAGGACAUUGAUGUGUUUUUGUGUAGCUGGAAACGCUUCAAGGAGGUACUCACUUCCCUGAGUUUACAAGGAUCAAAAUGCUGGCUUUAAUAAAUAAAUACAGUUUUAUUUGUUCUGCUUCUCAGAAAUGGGAAACAGCACAAAAUUUUCUGCCCUUGUCUUGUAACUUGGAAAUGUAUGAUCUUAUCCUUUCAGUUGAAAGUCAGAAUUCUGGUUUCCAGCGGUAAGGAAUUAAUUUCUAGUUUCCGUUCUUAUAUAUUAUGCAAAUGAACAAGUUUCUAAUAGUUCAGAAAACAAUUCCGGUGUGGCUCAUUGUCUUGCAGUGAUUUUGAAUUAUAGGUACUCUUAACACUGGCCACCAAAAUGCUGUGGAGACUUUAGGAUGUUUCCUUUUGAUACUAGAAGUAAUUUUGAUGAAGAGGUAAUUCCCAGGGUUUCUACUAACAUGUUUUUAUUUUGAGGACUAGAACUAGAGGAAUUUUCAGUCUUGGAAAGCUUAUAGUUUUUUCUAAACUGGCAGGCAAAGUAGUUGCAAAAAUAGGACUCUGUGUAUAGCAGGCUCCCUUGUGUUCUUGAUGUUGGAAGGAGAAGAAUGCAAAUGAGUAAAGAAAUAAAAUACACUGUCCCCUUAUAGUUGAUGCUCUUUUAUGUUUUGUUAUUCUGACUUUGUGCCACUUGUUAGUGGAAAACUUUUAUCUGCAAGCAGCACCUCUAGUUCAGAGAUCUCAUGCUUUUCCUUUGCUGUGUUCUCAGUUUUGUUUCUUUUGACUUUUGGGGAGCUUGGGAAAAGGAGAGACAUCUGUUGAGUGAGUGCCCAUGGAGUUUGCUCUUUUCUUUACUAGUGAGAUGAUUAUUUCCUUUCACUAGAGAAGUGUUUCCUCCUUCAGUGCCAUUAUAUUGCUCUCUCAGUGCAGUGUGGUGCUGACUAUAUAUUGUGCCCCUCUGUGUUGGUGGGUUUGCGUGUCUUUCUCACUCCACAUCUGCUUUACAGUAUCAGGUUAUCUUUCUGAGUCAGACUUCUCACUUCUCCGUGCUUGUUCCUGCUUUUUUUUCCAUGUAUUCCUAAUGUUGGGUACAUGCACCACAGCUGUGGCUGGUCCUUCUGGACCAUGAAGUGCUAUGAAUUUUUACUGUUCCAGCAAACGAUACUGUGCUAGCAUGUGUGAAGGGGAUGGUAGGGAGCCCUUCCCUCCUUCACCCUCAUUCUUAUCCUCUUACUCCCUUUGCUACAUCUGGCAGUGCCAUUCCCUGUCUGCAUGUUUAUAAUGUGCAGAGUAAUUUUAGGCAAGGACGAAUUUCUGCCAUAUGUUCAUGUCCUUCUACUAAGAUAACUGCAAUAAACAGGCUGUAGGAGUAACUUAAUUCCAAACAUCUAAUGGAUUAUGUUUAAGAUUAGAAUAAAAAACUGUACCUAUGAUAACUUUGUGAUAAUUGUGACAACAUCUUGUGUAAUUUCAUCUGUCCAAGUAACUGGCCAACAAUCAGUCUAUAAUUUCAUUGCUGCUACCUAUUUUUUUUUCUUUUUUUUUUUUUGUUCCUGCUUCCCCCUGUAAGC